GAAGAUCACUCUGGAGCUGCUGAAGCGAUUUCGGCUCUGCCAUACCUGUCCGGACGGCGAUGCUGAUUUCGUCCGCGUCGGUGGGGGCCGGGAUGGUGGGUAUUUGCUUUGUGGCAGCGCUGCGCGGAACCUGACUCUGGCGAUCUCCAUAGGCAUCCGUGGAAUGGACCCGUUCGGGGCAGCCUUGUCAGAAGAAUUCGGGCCGAGGGUGGAAGGUUUUGACUGCACCGGAAACUCAUAUGCUUGCCCGCCGAGCUACAGCAGAUGCCGGUUCCACUUCAACCCACUCUGCGUGGGUAAGCCUUUCGACGGCAUGCCUGCAAGCCAGUUCUUGAUGCUACCCGAAAUCCUGGAUCUCUAUGCAAAGCCGUCGGACGAGAUGCUUUUGAAGAUUGACUGUGAGGGCUGUGAGUGGAGCGUGCUGCCCCAGAUACACCCCGAUGUCCUCCGGCGCUUUCGCAUGAUCAUCAUGGAGGCGCACUGGCUGGAGAAGCAGGAGAAGCAUCCUGUCUAUGCAAAG